UGAAAAUCUAACCUCACUUUUUUACUAUAAACUUUUCAAACAUUUUAAAAACGUGUUUGUUAACAAAAUUCUGGUUUGAUUCGAAGUAAAAAUGACUCGAUUUGCUAGAGCCAAAGGCUCGAAAGCCUCUAAUGAAAAGUUACCAGAACAGGCAACUUCUUGGAGCGAAAUGAAGCAGGAAAUGUUGAACAAAAACAAAGAGAUUGCGGAGGAAAAGGGCCGACAAGAGGCCCUCAAGAAGCGCCAGGCCAAUUAUCAAGCUUUCCUGCAGGAAAAAGAGGAUGAAGAAGAUAAAAAGAUUGCUUGGGCUGAUUUUCCUGAAGCCAGUAAGAAAAGAAAGGUCAGUGAAAGUUUUAACACUAGCAAUAAGAAGAUCAAAAGUGAAGAUUCUGAAGACUCUGAUGGACAGUUUUCAGCCUUGAAAGCUCAAAUUGAUAAGGCCUUAGAAAAACAAAAUGACAAUGCAGAAGAAUCUGAGCAAAUUGUAGAUAGUGAUGAUUCUGCUCCAGAAGAAAUCAGUAUAAAGCAAAAGCCCCAGGAAAUUGUUGUGAAAAAGGCUAAAAACACAAAACAGAAACUCACAAUCGUAGUUGACAAGGAAAAGAAUCCUUCAACAAAGAUUUUGACUGAAAAAGAACAGAAAUUAAUUGCUAAAAAGCAAGAAAGGUACAAAAGACAAUUAGAAAAAAAGAAGCUCAGAAAACAACAAAAGCAAAAUGAAAAUCCCGCCUCAGAAGUACCAAAAAAGGCUGAAACCAAAGAAGAAAUAGAAGCAGCAAAACUGGAAAGAAAACUGGCAAGGCGAGAAAGACAAAAGGAAAAACGAAGACUUGGUAGAAUGCAAAAAGCUGAAGAAAACAAACCAAAAUUAGGCGAAGAAGAUUUGAAAAAAAUCAAUAAAAAAAAGGAAAAGAAAGCUAAACAAAUUGAAAAGAGACAAAAGUUUAAAGAAGCUUCAAAAACUGAAGAAAAUAACAAAGAAUCAGAAGCCAAUAACAAUUUUAAUUCAAAUAAUGAAAUCAAGAAUUUCAAUGACAGUAACAAUAAGAAGUUCAAUGAAAGGAAGAAUUUCAAUGACAAUAACAAUUUUAAUUCAAAUAGGAAUAUCAAUGGAAAUAAUAAUUUUGAUUCAAAUAAGAAGUUCCAUGAAAAUAAGAAAUUUGAUCAACCACCCAAAACUAAAAAACCACCUAAACCAAGAGACAACAACAAAAACCACGAAAAUCGCAAACAAAAACCAGAAAUAAUGUACAUAAAUGGCAAAACCGUAGACGUAGACUACGUGGAUGGAUUCCCAGUCAAAAAAGAAGACGCGGACAGACUCAAACAACUCAGAAAAGAAAUGAUCAGCAAAGGCCUGCCCAGAAGCGAAAUCAACGUAGCCCUAAAACUAGAACGUCGUAGAGCGGAAAAAGCAUUCACCAGAGAAAAGAAAAACGUUUGUUUCAAUUGCCGCAAAUCGGGCCACAAUCUAUCAGAUUGUCCCGAAUUGGGCAAAGACCAAGGAUUAGCCCAAACAGCUGGUACUGGAAUUUGCUUCAAAUGCGGUUCCACUGAACACACGCACUUUCAAUGCAAAGUGGUCAAAGGGAUGGACUACAAGUUUGCAACUUGUUUUAUUUGCAAAGAGCCUGGCCAUAUAUCCAGACAGUGUCCGGAUAAUCAACGAGGACUUUAUCCAAAAGGAGGGUCUUGCAAAGUCUGUGGGGAUGUGACUCACUUGAAAAAGGAUUGUCCCAAGUAUCAGGCCCAGCAAUCGCAACUGCAAAGCAGUUUGAGUAUUGGGAUGAUGGAUAAUGGAAAUCCUGAUGAUUUUGAUGGAAAUAAAGCUGCCAGUAAUAAUGCUGGAUUUGUUAAGAGACCAAAUAAGGUUGUCAAAUUUUAGGAAUAAGUUUUCUUAUUAUAAUAAAGUUUAUUGUAUAAAGCUACAGAUUUUUAUUUAAUUAUAAAAUGCAUUUGCACUGAGUUCCAGCUUUGGUAACUUCAGAACAAUCUCCUUUUUUUCCAGGGAAAUUAUGAUUGCACCACUGCUGGCACAUGUUGUUAAGGCAAAGGUAGACAUCUUCUCUUAACGAGGUACUAUCCACUAAAAGAAAAAUGGAUUAAAACAAAAAACAAAAAAAUGUACAGCUUCAUUUUCCACUUAAUAAUUGCUAGUUAAAGACAAUAAUAAU